ACAGGGGAGAACGAAUCAAUAGAUCGAGUCAUCCUUGAAUCGUUUGUACGACACGUUCUGAGUCGAUACGAAUAAAAAGUACGCGGUGCUGUUGUACCCAAGCAGUACCUGUUGUUCCGUUUUCACGUCGAGGAUCUCGUAUUCACCGUUCACCAAGAAACCCGAAGAGAUGGCACGUCACGCGGAGAAUGUGUACUAUGAUUUCGCGAUGAAGUUGACUCGCGAUGCUGCUCAAAUUCUCAAAACAGCCAUUAAUGGUACAAAGAAAAUCGACGAGAAGCUAGGUAACUGGGAUUUGGUUACACAAUACGAUCGAAAGAUAGAAGAAAUGAUCAUUGGUCAACUAAAAACGAAGUUUCCGAAUCACAAAUUUAUAGGUGAAGAAUCGACUGGAAAAGAGCUUCCAGAGUUGACGGAUGACCCCACAUGGAUCAUUGAUCCAAUUGACGGUACUACUAACUUCAUUCACGGUUUUCCCCAUACUUGCAUCGUAAUUGGAUUGGCAAUUAAGAAAGAAAUGGUAAUUGGUAUCGUUUAUAAUCCUAUUCUCGAGCAAUUAUUCACGGCGAGAAAAGGUCGUGGAGCGUUUUUAAACGAUAAACCUAUAAAGGUUUCCAAUACUCAAGAUUUAUCAAAAUCUUUGGUCUGCUUAGAAAGUGGUUUCAUAAAAGUAGAUCACAUGAGAGAAAAAACUAUUGAAAGAUUACGAACACUUGCCCAAGAAGCUCAAGGUAUUCGUACACUUGGUGUUGCGGCAUUAACGUUAUGCUAUGUCGCAAUGGGAAUUGUCGAAACUUAUUACAUUGAAGGGCCAGGUAUCUCGACGUGGGAUAUAGCCGCGGCAUCAUUAAUCAUUACAGAAGCAGGUGGUGUUGUUGUCGAUCGAGUAACAGGUGAAAAGAUUAACAUCAUGAUACCACGUGCAAUUGGAGCAUGCAACGAAAAGAUUGCGAAUAGGGUGGUUGAACUUAUUCGCGAAGCUGAUCAAAGAGUGAAAUAG